AUCGCUACUAACUACACUUUAUUCAUCCUCCGUGUCAGGAUAAACUCCACUCGUCUCAGUCAACUUUGUAGAUUAUUAGGCCCGCUUAGCUUGCUAGUUGUUUUAGCGCGCUAGUUGGCUUAGCAUGCUAGUUAGCUUAGCGCGCUAGUUAGCUUAGCUUGUUAGCUGCUAACAAAGAGACGCGGAUUUGUUUAACACAUCGCUUAGUUAAGAUCAAGUGUGAGUGUAAAGUGUUGUGAUUGUGUGAACAUUUGCGAAGAUAGCAGAGUACAAAGAGGAACUUUCUCUGACAAAAGAAGAGAACAAAAGACUACGUCAACUACUGGAGGCUGUUUUCAAGAAACAUCAAGUUGUGUUACACAGAACAGACGUCUGUGAAAAACAUUGUCCACCUGAGCAGCAGGAGGGGUCCUCCAGUAUGGAGCAGAAGAGGUCAGAGCACCUCCACGUGAAAGAAGAGGAGCCACAGCCCCCCUACUUUAAAGAUGAAGAAAAACAGCGGCUGACCCCCCACUUCAUAGAGGAAGACAAGAGACACCUCAUCAGUAUGAAGAGUGAAGAUGAUGAGGUCAAAGGUGAGAGUGAGGAGAAGUGGAGCUUCAGGAUGCGGAUGGAGGAGCCACAGCCCUUCCACAUUAAGAAAGAAGAGGAAUACCCACUGAUCCCCUAUUUUAAAAAGGAAGCGGAGGACCCACUGACACCACAUUUUAAAGAGGAAGCGGUGGAUCCACUGAGCCCUCACAUUAAGGAGGAAGGGGAGGACCCACUGACCCCUCAGAUUAAAGAGGAAGAGGGGGACCCACUGACCCCUCACAUUAAAGAGGAAGAGGAGGAACACAGCAUCAGUCAGGAGGGAGAGCAUCUUGAAUGGUUGGAGGAGUUCCCAGUGACUGGUGUCCCUGUGAAGAGUGAAGAUGAUGAGGUCAAAGGUGAAAGUGAGGAGAAGAGAGAGGCGGAGCCUCCAAGCAGCAGCUCAACUCAACACAUGACAACAGAAGCUGAUGGAGACCACUGUGGAGGAUCACAAGCAGACAAGCUCUUAGCUCCACUAUCAGAUAGUGAGGACACAACGUCACACUCUCCUGACACUGAUGAUGAAGACUCUAAAGAUGAUAAGACAUGUCACACUGACAACAAACACUUCACAUGUUCUCACUGUGACAAAACUUUUAAAUCUAGUAAUUUGAAAAGACACAUGAGAACACACACUGGAGAGAAACCUUUUUCAUGUUCAAUCUGUGGUAAAGAUUUUACUCGAAGGGACCAUUUCAAAACACACAUGAGAAUACACACUGGAGAAAAACCUUUUUCCUGCUCAGAAUGUGGUAAAAGUUUUGUGAUGAAUCAAAAUUUAAAAGUACACAUGAGAACACAUACUGGAGAAAAACCUUUUUCAUGUUCAAUCUGCGGUAAAGAUUUUAUUCAAAGGGACCAUUUCAAAACACACAUGAGAAUACACACUGGCGAAAAACCUUUUUCCUGCUCAGAAUGUAGUAAAAGUUUUGUAAUAAAUCAAAGUUUAAAAGAACACAUGAGAAUACACACUGGAGAAAAACCUUUUUCAUGUUCAAUCUGCGGUAAAGAUUUUACUCAUAGUCAACAUUUGAAAAGCCACAUGAGAACACACACUGGAGAAAAACCUUUUAUAUGUUCAGUAUGUUGUAAAAGUUUUAUAAAAAGACAGCAAUUGGAAGUACACAUAAGAACACACACUGGAGAGAAACCUUUUAUAUGUUCAGUAUGUAGUAAAAGUUUUAUACAAAGCCAGCAAUUGGAAGCACACAUGAGAAUACACACUGGAGAGAAAGUGUUCAGUUGCAGUGUGUGUGGUGAAAGAUUCUCUUAUAAGUACCAGUGUAAGAAACACAAGUGUGCUGGUGAGAACAGCAGCAGCAAAUGAAGAUGCAGGAUUUGAAAUAAACUUUCUAACAACAUCAGCACAUAUAACAUGUGUGACAUCAUUGUUGUGUGUGUAACACCAUCUUGUUAAUAUGAUUCUAACAUUUAUAGAUUAGACACUUCAGAUUACUGCUUUUAUUUCUGUCAAGUACAUGAGUUAAUAUACACAUUUGUGUACUUUAAAAUGAACAGAACAAUUUGACUGAAGACGUGAGAAUAAACAGUACAUAAAAUAUGUUACAUACAAUAUAUAUUAUUCGUAACAGUGUUUUAUAUAUGUUUUUGAAAUAAGGAAGUGUUACAUAUUUUAAUUUCUAAUUGUAGAUGAUUCCAUAGAUGAACUCCUUUAUAUGAUAUACAUAUUUGUUUUACAUGUGUUCAUACCUUUGCUUUUGAGUACACAUAAAUCCCUCUUAGUUCAUAUUUACUGGUUCACAUCUGAAACAUCUUCUGGACCACUUCUGGAAGCAUAUUAUUAUUGACUUUAUACAUCAUUUGAGCAGUUGUCUUUUAUACAAGAUCAUUUACUUUUAAAAUGUGUGACUUUAUGAAUCAUUUGUUGGGUCUCAAUAAUCUAUUCUUUUAAUUAUCUGUACUACUCUCUUUUGUAAUAUAAAUAUUGUUUUGUGAUUGUUUUAUA